AAUGGGAGGAAAAGAAUCAAAAGUCUAAAAAAAUAAUAAUGACACUUAAAAAAUUAGUCAAAUAUACACUGAAAAAGUAGAGAAAUAAGAUAAAUAAGCUCCUUAAGUAAAACCAAUAGAAAAAGUCAAUAAUCCCUUUCCAGAAAUACCUAAUUAUAUGAAUAUGUUAACAUAAGCUUUACCUGUUAAUAAAUAUCCAAAAGUGCCUAACUAUUUAACACAUGAAUUAAUUACUGAUUUGAAAAUGUUAAAACAUAUAUUAACAACAGCAUCCACUUGUUAAUAGAAAUCAAGUUAAAUCAAUAUUGAUCAACCAUUAUAUUAAUCUAGAUUAAUAGAAGUUAAUGAUCAUUAAAAUAAAUUAAAAUCAUUUUAAUCAUCAUUACUUACUGAAAUUCAAACUGGAUAAUUAUCAUAAAUUAUAGAGAAUGAUUAAGAAGAAUUAAUAAAAAUUAAGUUAAGUCAAGUCAUAGAGAGUUUAAAAUUGAUUGCUAAAUAUGCAUUCUAUUGUUAAGGUUUAUUGUAAAAGAUUCCUGAAACAUCUAAAGAGUUUUUGGUUUCACUUAAUAAUUUAAUUUUGAGUGUCAAUAUGAAUUCUAUCUUGUUAUAAUAUAUUGGAUAUUAUGAUCAAAGUAAUUAAAUAAUUAGAUAAAAUGCUUAAACUCUAUUUAAAUAGUUUUCAGAGUCUUAAGAAUUUAAUUAAGUAAUUAUGAAAUAUUUGGAUAUUGUGAAAGAGCAAUUAAAUAAUGUUGUACCUAUAUUAUAAAAUAUAAAUGAUUGUUCUAAUAUAUUUUAGUUUGAAGAUGAAAAUGAAGAGAGUUUCAUAUAAAUUUAUUAAAAAAUACAAUCAGAACCAAAAAAAUAAGAAUUUUAAAUAAAAUAAUUAUAUGAAUAAAAGUAUAUAUUAAUUAUAUAAUAAGAUAAUUUUAAUCAAAAGGAUUAGAGAAAGCUGAAUAAAUAUUAGAAGAUUAAAAAUAUGAAAGUUUUGUAUAAACUAAAUUAGAUGAUAGUGAAGGAUCAUAAUAAUUCACAUUAUUAUUAAGAUAAUUUAUAGAUAUUUUAGAAUAGAAGACUGAAAAUUGGGAAGGUAUUCUAAGAGAUACACUUAUGGCAACUAAUGAAAAAGCUAAAAUGAAGAUGUUAAUUUGUGAAUUUAGCAAAUUAUAAAUUUAAUCUUCAUUGCAUUUAGUACAUUUUUGUAUUAAUGAACUAUAAUACAAAGUAGAAUAUGAAGAAUCAGUUGCUCAACUAUAGAAAUUUGUUCAAAAAAUAGAUAAAAUAUGA